AUGACCGUAGUCUCAAAUGAUCCCACUUGGUUGCCGUGGAUCAGUAAUUUCAAGGUUUUCACCUAUUUUUUAGUCGUAUCUUCUGCCGUGGUGGUAUACGAUUGGGCAUUAACAUUCGGACAAGAGUUCGAACUGGUCUGGAGGCAACACUGGUCCUUCAUGACCGUUCUUUAUGUUUGUGUGCGCUACAUCGGACUAUCAUAUUACGUCGUCCUAUUAUUGAAUAUCUUGGUCCCGAUAAUAGACAAUGUCAGACAUAGUGGGCAUUCUGCGCCCAUGGCUGCCAUUCCCAUUCAAUUACUAACUGCACUCCUACACAGGAGCCUUAUCAUUUACUUCAUAUCGGUAUGGAUGCCUGUCGUCGUCAAUGCUAUGCUGGGCGUCAUCAUGAUGAUUCGGAUAUAUGCCAUGUAUGGACGACCCAAAAAGCUGCUCGCCUUCCUUGUUGUAAUCUUGCUGGCUUCCACAAUCUUCUCCGGCGUUAUGACAGUCAUGGCACACAUCGGUGUUUCAGCGGAGGAAUUCAUCAUUUUUGGCAACUAUGUGUGUGUUACUGCAAAUGAGGACACACACCAGGUGGAUCUGGGUUACGAGAGUUUGAUAUUCACCGCUAUAUGGGAGAUCCUCGCUUUCAUUCUUGCAGUCUGGAUUGUCAUAAAACACUUGCGUGAGCUGCGACAAUCCUCGACAGGGUCGACCAUUGGGGACUGCUUUAUGGUGUUAAUUCAAAGUCACGCAUUUUACUUUGCAGUUUUUGCUACUGUAGCUUGCUUCACCCUGGGCUCACUGUCUCCAAAUAUCACGUACUCAUCGUCUGUGGGAAGUAUGCUUUUUGGCGGUGUUCUCAAAGUUGCACAGGCGUUGCAGAUGUUUGUGCUGGGACCGCGUCUGAUCCUCAGCAUUCGCGAAUAUCAUGCUGAGCUCGUGGCCAGGCCCGACGAGGGCACACGCAUGACGUCCAUCCAUUUCCAGGCUGGUGGCGAUGCGUUGACUCCGGGCGAAGGUGUGUUGACUGGUGGAGAUGUUUAG